GUCACAAAAGUGGCAGAGAUGUGGAACUGUGACUGGUGAUUGUGAGCUCACCUGUCCAAUGCUUGGUAUCCUGAGGAGUGGGCCAGUAAAAAACCUUUUGGACUGGGCUGGCCAUUGGGAUAACUUGCCUCUUUCCCCUGAUCCUUGUGAUCUUUCUGGAGGAGGUUCUGAUAUCCUUUGUCAUCCAUAGCUUUUCAUUCUGUACCUGAGAGGAGCAAUGGCUACAACAAGGAAUUACUUCUUUGAGUAACAUUUUCACCAGCUGGGUUGGAUUUCGUGAAUGCCCACAGACCACGGACAUGGCCACUGCUGCAUCCCCAAAUGUUGAUGUGCUGACAGCCUGGAGUAAAUUCUGGGGCAUUCCCUAAGAGCAGCCAACCCAGAGUCAAUUAGGUUGGAAAAGACCUCUAAGGCAUUGAGUCCAAUCUUUGACCAAAACCACCAAGUCAUUGGCAAGGGAAUGACUCCACCACAAAAGACCCUUGUUCCCCCGGAGAAGAUUUGCAUGGACUGGCGGCAAAAACGGAGACCUGGAGCAGGACUUUACAACCUUGGUAGUACUUGCUACCUCAACGUCAUCCUGCAGUGCCUGACAUACACUCCCCCUCUGGCUAAUUACCUGCUCUCUCGUCAGCACAGCAGGUUCUGUAGUCAGCAGGGUUUCUGCAUGAUGUGCAUCAUGGAAGAUCAUGUUCGGAAGGUCCUGUAUUCCUCAGCCAGUGCCAUCCGGCCGAGGGCUGUCAUCAGGGACCUCAAAUUCAUAGGAGAAUUUAAGCCUGACAUCCCAGGAGACGCCUACGAGUUCUUACGCUGUACUCUCAAUGCCAUGCACAGAGCUUGUCUGAAUGGAAGCAGCGACUUGGACGUCUCUUCCCAAGAAACUACCAUCAUCCAUCAAAUAUUUGGGGGCUUUCUGAGAUCCAGAGUCACAUGCCUGAGCUGCAAAACAGUUUUUGAUUUCUUCAAGGUCUUCCUGGAUGUCCUUCUGAAAAUCAAGGGAGCUUCAUCCCUCACCACAGCUCUGGAGGACUUUGUUAAACCCAAGGACAUGGACGGGAAAAAGUUCUUCAAAUGUAGCAAGUGCAAGAGGAAGGUUUCAGCCUCCAAGGUGGUCACAGUCCAUCAGGCACCCAGGGUCCUGACGGUGUGUCUGGGAAGGGCUGAUCAUCGGAGCAGCAGGAAGCUCAGCCAGGUUGUGGAGUAUCCUGAGUACUUGGAUCUUCGGCCAUACACGUCUGACCCAGCUGGAGAGCCCAUCCUCUACUCCUUGUAUGCUGUUGUGGUGCACACUGGUCACACCUGUCUGGGUGGACACUUCUUCUGCUACACAAAGGCCAGCAAUGGGCAGUGGUACAAGAUGAACGAUGUGUCUGUGGAUAGCUGUGGCAUCCACACAGUUCUGGGCCAGCAAGCCUAUUUGCUGUUCUAUGCCAGGUGCUCCAAUUCACAAAUGGAAGAAAUGGCAUCUUCUUCAUCGGUCCCUUCCUUCCUCAGUCAGGGGGAGAGCAGCAGCCAGGCAGGUCCUGCAGGACCACAGGCUCUGCCUGGUAGGGUUAGGGUGACAAACAGCCACAGGAACAGUGUCAGAGAGAGGAGCAGAUCCCCCCAGUGGGGCAGUGAACGCCGCAGAAGUUUCAUGAACACCACCAGCCGCAACAACUCAGCAGGGAAGAGGAGGAAGAGAAUGAGUCCUUCAGAUCACAACAACACUGAGAGCGAUGCCACAGCUCCAGAGCCCUCCAAGAAGAGCCUCCAAUCUUCUCCAGAACACAGGACUGCUGGGGAACAACCCCUGCCAAGAGAGAGACGGCAGAGCAGACCCUCACAGCAGGGCUACGAGUUCUACAGAAGGUUUGUGAAGCUCAGGGAGUACCACCAGUCAGAAUGUAAAAGGAGGAAACACUCAUUUGGAACCUACAAGCAUAAGAGCCAGAACUGUAAUUAAAACCCUUUCUUGGCCUCUCAUGAA